UCCUGCAGGACACCAGCCAUGAUUGGCUGCUCCUUCGUGGUCAACAGGAAGUUCUUUGGUGAAAUCGGUCUCCUUGACCCUGGCAUGGAUGUGUAUGGAGGAGAAAAUAUCGAACUUGGAAUCAAGGUAUGGCUCUGUGGGGGCAGCAUGGAGGUCCUGCCUUGCUCACGGGUGGCCCACAUUGAGCGGAAGAAGAAACCCUACAACAGCAACAUCGGUUUCUACACCAAGAGGAAUGCUCUCCGGGUUGCUGAGGUCUGGAUGGAUGAUUACAAGUCUCACGUGUACAUAGCGUGGAAUCUGCCACUGGAGAAUCCAGGAAUUGACAUCGGUGAUGUCUCCGAAAGAAGAGCCUUGAGGAAAAGUUUAAAGUGUAAGAAUUUCCAGUGGUACCUGGACCACGUUUACCCAGAAAUGAGAAGAUACAAUAACACCAUUGCAUAUGGGGAGCUUCGAAACAACAAGGCUAAAGACGUCUGCUUGGACCAGGGGCCACUGGAGAACCACACAGCAAUACUGUACCCAUGCCAUGGCUGGGGACCCCAGCUUGCCCGCUACACCAAGGAGGGCUUCCUGCACUUGGGAGCCCUGGGGACCACCACGCUCCUCCCUGACACCCGCUGCCUGGUGGACAACUCCAAGAGUCGGCUGCCCCAGCUCCUCGACUGUGACAAAGUCAAGAGCAGCCUGUACAAGCGCUGGAAUUUCAUCCAGAACGGAGCCAUCAUGAAUAAGGGCACGGGGCGCUGCCUCGAGGUGGAGAACCGGGGCCUGGCUGGCAUCGACCUCAUCCUCCGCAGCUGCACGGGACAGAGGUGGACGAUUAAGAACUCGAUCAAGUAGCGGGGAGGAGCAGGGGCCCCCGGAGCCUGGCCCCCGGGACAAGGUCUGCCCGUCUUCUGGGCCAGCCGCCCUGGUGAAGAGACAGCGAGGAGCCAGCCGGGGCUCAGCAGCCCUUCCGGGGCUUCUCCAGGGGCCCCGGAUGGAGACUUGGUGUCCCCAGUGGGCGCUCAGCUGCCGUGAGGCUCGUGCCCCCUGGAAAAGCCCCCCGACCCUUCUCUGGGAACCCGGGAGCCGUGUCUUCUGCAGCCUGGAUGUGGACCUCGUACCAUGGAGUGAACCCCCCCACGUCCUCCUCGUCGUCUUCGCAGCCACAAUCAGGACUGGGACCGGCAGGGGCCCCUCCUCGUCCUCGUCUCUUGCAGCUGCAGCAGCUCCUGAGUGCCACCCCGACCCUCGGCAAGGUGGGGGGUGGCGCUCAGUCACGUCCUAUCUGCCCCUCCUCAGAGGAGGCAGUCAGGCCCUGGGACUCCGUUUCCCUGGAGGUUGCUUCUGCCCCGAUGCCCAUUUGCAGCCCGAGGCAGCCUCCACCCCGACCCUUAGCGGCAGACGGCUUUGGCGGCUACGGCCCUGGACUUUUCUGGACCCUCCCUUAGAUGGCCUGGAAGGAAUUAAUGCUUCCACGGUCACCAGGGCGCUAGGCUCUCGCGUUCCGGGGCCAGCUGCUCUGCCCGUGUCCGCAGGGAGCCAGAGACAGAAAGAGGCUGAGCACGUAGGGAGGUCAUGGCUGUAGGGGCCCUCCGGGCUGGAGCCGGGCCAGUGCGGCUCUGCCCUCGGGAGACCAGGGGGCCCUGACUCAUGACCAGGGAGGCCGCCAUGGGAGCCUCCACCUGGAGCUUUAGGACUGAGGCCAGCACAGCACGGGGGGCGGGGCGGGGUGAGGGCAGGACCCUGGAAAAUGCUCCGGGUUCAUCUCAUCUCACCCCAUGCUCUGCUGGCUGACAGGGGAGAAGGCAGUCGAUUCCUCUCUGCAGAGUAAUAAUUGUUUUCGAUUGCCCUCUGGUUAGGGUGCACUUGUAAAUCAGAGUUAAUAUAUGGACGCGUGUGCAUGCCUACGAGUGUGUGUGCCUGCGUGGUGUGCGUGUGCGCGUGCAUGUGUGUGUCUGGGCGUGCGCCUCCGAGUGUGUGAUAGAGCGGGUGUCAGAGUGUGGCCUCGGGCUUGCCGCUUCGUUGCUCACCUGGAUCAGGGCGAGGCUGCCGGAAGCAUGGGGGGUUGGCCACGCAUCUGUGGCCAGGAGGACGCGGCCCAGCCUGGCCCCAUGUGGCGCCCCAGAUGGAAGGCUGUCCCUUCUCCCGGGUCCCUCUCUGUCCCUCAUGCUGUCCCCAAGGGCCAAGCCCUGCCCAGAACCAAAUCCCGUAGUUGCCCGGUUUGGGGUUCACAGUGUCUCAUUUGGUGGCAUCUUAUUGGUGAUC